GGUACCACAACCAACACAACUGUCAGCCCUGACCUGUCACAAUGUUCCGUCUUCUUCUUCUCUCUGCCGUCCUGGCCGUGGCGCUCGGACAGACGAAGUUCUGCUGCACGCCUGACCAGUGGGAGGGUUACCUGGGAGAGAUAGCUGGCUCCGUGGUCAGUGGGACCACCCAUCUUAUCACCGGAAAUAUCAGCAUUUCGUACGAUUACACCAACACCAAGAUGGCUACUUCGUCAUACCUGGUGAUUGACGGCAAAAACCAAGACGUCACAGUCAUUAUGGAUUACCAGAAGAAAAUGAUGUACACAAUUAUUGGGACCCAAUGUACCACGUCUCAGUUGACGGGCGAUAUGAUGAAACUCUGUGUACCAGACAACGCCAUGCCCUCUGGAAAGUUCACGUACGGCGCCGGAAGUACAACACUGGAUGCUAUGGCUUACCUUGUUCCCGCCGGCCCCGACUCCACCGUAUACGUCACAACUACUGUAGGAAACCCAUGUGUACCAAUUGGAGAAGUCCUGUAUGGGACACCGAACAAAAUUCCCACAGUACAGACCAUGGGUUAUUACAACAUCUCACCUGGUAUCAAGGACCCACAAAUCUUUAACCCACCGAGCAGCUGCUCUGGACAAAAGUUUCUGAAGCCCGCCCCUGUCCUCACCAACUUUCUGAUGAAGCACAUGCAUGCCAAGGUCACCAAGCACUGAGGUCAGAAAGAAUGACGUCAUCAAGCACUGAGGUCACACAAAAGGCAAAGAAUCAUUAAGCAUCAAGCACCAAGCAUUCCACAGCUGACUACUCUACUUAUGUUUGUCACGUGUUACUGUCACUUCUUCAAGGCAAAAAAAUAAAAUAUAUUUUUCCUAUA